AUGUUUGCAGACAUCCUCCAUCGGACUCUCCUCCGCGACCCCAUUUUCGAUGAACUUGAAGAUACAUUCAUUCAUGAUGCGGUUUCGGAUAUUUUGGAUGUGAUUUUUGGCGAAGAUAGGCAACUGUCUCAUCAAUGGCCCAACACACAGCUGACAGGAAUCGAACUUGUAGCCGAGAUCAACCCCCCACCCAAUUACAGCAAAGAAAACGUAUGCAAUGACAAGGUCAAGCUUGGUCAUGAGAUGAAAUCGAUGCUGCAAACAUUGAAAAGUCUCAAAGUACAUGAUCCAAGGAAAUACGUGCACAAUUUAUUUCAUGGAAGCUGUGUACAAGCCAAUGUAUCGAAUGAUGGAAAUGCGCAAAUUUCAGCUUGUCACCAAGAUCCAAGACCUCCCCCUCCUCGCGUAUGCUGUUGA